UAUGUACACCUUUAACGUUUGAGCAUUACGGCGGGUACUAACUUUUAUUUUGACGGGACCGGCGAAAUCCAUUCCAGUGGUAGCAAACGCGCGACAAGGUUGUAUACGUUCUUUUGGUAGGUUCCCCAUGACUGGUUGAAAGGUAAACGGUUUAGUUUUAAAACAAAUAACGCAUUUGUUUACAAUUGAUCUAGCGAUAUUUCUACCGUUCAAUGGCCAGUAUCGAUCCCUAAUUGACGCUAAUAGUGCUUGAGGACCUACAUGUAAUUGGCGAUAAUGUUCGUACAUAAAUAUUAAUGUUGUUAAGGCUGGGGUCACACGAGCGUUGAAAGAACGGACGAUGCAACGGACGUUAAAUCUUAACGGACGUCACUACCCUAGUCACAUGAACGUAAAACGUCAGUCGAUAAUUUCACAUCUUACAAAAUGGACGAUUUAGACACCGCAAUUUUUGUAUACUCAGCUAUAAGAGUAUUACGAAAAAAAAAACGUGCGAAUCGAAGAUGGUGGGUUCAUCCAAUAAAUAGUGAACGAUUGUUAAGUGGUACAUUUUACAAUCUUUACAACAUGCUAAGAGCUGACAAUGAAAAAUUUUUCAAUUAUUUUCGCAUGUCACAAAGUACAUUUGACGAGCUAUUCAACAAAAUUAAGUCUAAAAUAAUGCGUCAAGAUACAGUUAUGAGAUCUGCGAUACCAGCAGAAGAGAUGUUGGCCGUUACUUUGAGGUACCUGGGUAGUACAAACAGUCUUCAAGAUUUACACUACGAAUAUAGAAUUGGUAGAUCGACUUUAUGUGGUAUUAUACGGAGAGUGUGUUCGCAAAUAUGGGAAGUUAUGCACAAUGAAUGUAUACCAACACCAAAUGAAGAAAAAUGGUUAGAAAUCGCGGAAGGUUAUCAACAACGUGCACAAUUUCCUAAUUGCAUAGGUGCUAUUGAUGGAAAGCACAUUAGAGUUAUCAAACCACAUGGAAGUGGGUCUCAUUAUUUUAACUACAAACAUUUUUUUUCUGUAGUUUUAUUAGCAGUGGUUGAUUCUAAUUAUUGUUUCACAUUUAUUGAUGUUGGUUCAUUUGGCAAAGAUUCAGACCCUACAAUUUUUAAAAACUCAACUUUAUAUAAGAAACUACAAAAUGAUUCACUAAACAUUCCAAAACCUAAUCUAAUACGUGGUAUUCAGAUACCUAUGCCAUAUGCAUUUGUGGGCGAUGAAGCGUUUGGGUUAUCUACAAAUAUGUUAAGACCAUAUGCAGGAAAAUGUUUACCAAUCAAUAAAAGGAUUUUCAACUAUCGACUUUCACGUGCUCGACGCUAUGUUGAGUGUGCGUUUGGAAUUUUAUCCAAUAAAUGGAGAAUAUUUCACCGCGCAAUAGAUGUUGAUAUAGAAUUAGCAAUUGAUAUUGUCAAAUGUUGUUGUGUUUUGCAUAAUUAUUUUGUUCACGCAUGUGAUGGAUAUGAAUUUGAAGAUUCUCUUAUGGUAACUGGUAUGGACGAUAUUGAACUAGAUAAUAAUUUAAACGUAAACAGAUCUAUUAACAGAUAUCGGGAUGCACUGACAAAUUAUUUCAAUAGUGAAUUAGGACAAGUGGCAUGGCAGAAUGAAAAAAUUUAAAAUAUUAUUUAUGUUCAUCUGU